UCACUUGAGAGGCCUUAUUGUUUUAUGUCCUUUGUCCUCGUUCCGACCCCUGCCAGCCUCCAGGCCCCGCGCUGCCCUGGGAAAACUGAACCCAGGACGGCAGGAGAGGGGGGAACUGAAAAGCCGCGGAACCAGAGGCGGAGGGAUGGCGCGGACGCCGGGGGAGUAGGAGCGGUGGGACCGGCAGGCCUAGCUCUGAGAAGGCAGCGGCGGCGGCGCGGGGAUGGAGCCCCUGCGGGUCCUGGAGCUGUACAGCGGCGUGGGCGGCAUGCACCACGCGCUGAGAGAAAGUGGUAUACCUGCACAAGUGGUGGCUGCCAUUGAUGUAAACACCGUUGCUAAUGAAGUAUACAGGUAUAAUUUUCCUAAGACACAGUUACUGGCCAAGACAAUUGAAUGGUCCUGUAUGGGCAAACUAUUGAACUUGAAGGUGAUGGGCUAUCUAAUGCCGGGCCCCAUAUGCUGCUCAGUGUAUGAUUUUCAAAUUGCUUUCCUGAGAAUCCAGGAUUCCAGAAGUGCUUUGGGGAUUACGCUAGAAGAGUUUGACAGAUUAUCUUUCAAUAUGAUUUUAAUGAGCCCUCCGUGCCAGCCAUUCACAAGAAUUGGCCGGCAGGGUGAUAUGACUGAUCCGAGGACGAAUAGCUUCUUAUAUAUUCUAGAUAUUCUCCCAAGAUUACAGAAAUUACCAAAGUAUAUUCUUUUAGAAAAUGUUAAAGGUUUUGAAGUAUCUUCUACAAGAGACCUGUUGAUACAAACAAUAGAAAAUUGUGGCUUUCAGUACCAAGAGUUUCUAUUAUCUCCAACCUCUCUUGGAAUUCCAAAUUCAAGGCUGCGGUAUUUCCUUAUUGCAAAGCUUCAGUCAGAACCAUUACCUUUUCAAGUCCCUGGCCAGGUACUCAUGGAAUUCCCCAAAAUUGAAUAUGAGCACCCACAAAAAUAUGCAACAGAUGCAGAAAAUAAAAUUGAAGAAAAAAUUGAACCAAGUAUUUGCUUUGGUAGCACACAGUGUUCUGGAAAAGAUGCCAUUCUUUUUAAGCUUGAAACUGCAGAAGAAAUCCAAAGGAAAAAUCAACAGGACGGUGAUCUCUCUGUGCAAAUGCUAAAAGAUUUUCUUGAGGAUGACAUUGAUAUGAAUCAGUACUUUUUACCUCCAAAGUCAUUGCUGCGAUAUGCUCUUUUAUUAGACAUUGUUAAACCCACUUGCAGAAGGUCUGUGUGCUUUACCAAAGGUUAUGGAAGCUACAUAGAAGGGACAGGAUCUGUGUUGCAGAUUGCAGAGGAUGUGCAGAUUGAGAAUAUCUACAAAUCUCUUACCAAUUUGUCACAAGAGGAAAAGAUAACAAAGUUGUUAAUGCUUAAACUGCGAUAUUUCACUCCUAAAGAAAUAGCAAAUCUCCUUGGAUUUCCUCCAGAGUUCGGAUUUCCUGAGAAGAUAACAGUGAAACAGCGUUAUCGCCUGCUUGGAAACAGUCUUAAUGUACACGUGGUAGCUAAACUAAUCAGAAUCCUCUAUGAGUAAUUUUAAAAUAACACGGAAAGAUGGUCUUCAUAUUCUUUCAUUUCCAGAUAGUAGUUCUGAAAUUCUACUUUGAACUAAUUCUGACGAAAUUCAACUAAGUUAUUUUAAUCUGUAUUUAUUAUGCAAUUUGGAAUUUAUUACAAAGAUGCCAAAUUUUUUUCAAAUUUAUAUUACUGUAUUUUAUAAAAUGCAAAUUAUUGUUAUGCUUUA